AUGUCCGAGCCACUCACCAAGGUCGACUCUGCCGUCCAAGGCAUUGAUACCGCUCCCACGGAGGGCAAGCAGACCAAGCAUCGUAGGGCGAGCUCGAGUGCCAAUGGCGUCAUGAACAUCAAUGACCUGGAGGCUCAGGGAAUUGAGCUGCAGAUUGCCAAGGAGACACAAGCGACGGGGUGGAAGAUAAACACGUCGCCUUCGACAGUAGAGGAUAAAGAGAUCCUUAAGAAGAUGCUCACAACGCCACCCGUCAAGAAGAUUGACCUGCACUUCCCUUUGGGGUUGGAGGUAACAGCGCGGAACCUCAAGGGUGUCACCAUCAAGGACGCAUUAGAUGCCAUCCACAAGUCUUUCAAGAAAAGGGCCGAUGACGAGCUUGACCUGCCAUACCUGGCAGGCUUUGAGUGGGACAAGGAAGAGUCGUGGACUCGCCUGAUUGUGCACCUGCGGAAGGAUGCCGGCGUGCAAGCAUCGUCAAGUAAGAAGAAGAAGAACAAGGCUGCUGAGGAGUAG